AUGGCAAAGCUCAUUGUACUAACACUCGCCUUCACGGCCCUUGUAGCCUUUGCCUCCGCCCACGACAGCAGUACCAUCGCCGAGGAGGGAAGCUCAGUCUCAGUCCCGAAGCAACAGUGCAGCCAACAGCUCCGGCGACAAAGAUUCAACCAGUGUCUAAGUUACGUCAUCAGCACCAAGGAGGACGGAAAUUGGUGCUGUAACCUUCCCAUCUGUUUUAUAUGCGAUAAGGAUCCUCCGGGACAGGGGCUGGAACAAUGCUGCAACGAACUUCAAAAUGUCGAGGAAGAAUGCCAGUGCGAGGCCAUGAAGGAGGUAUACAGCCAAGCUCAGAAGCAACAGCAACAAUGGAGCCAACAACAACAAGGUGGAAAGCCACAGCCGAAGACCCAAGACUUGAAGCAGAUUGUUCAAAAUCUGUGGAACCAAUGCAAACUACAAGUGAAGCGAUGUUGA